AUGGCGACGAAUACUGCUUCUUCCAAUGGCAACGAAAAUAAAUCCGCGGCACCUUUUGAUGUAGCCAUCAUCGGCGGCGGUUUAAUUGGCUUGCACGUUGCUCUGGGUCUGUUGAACCGCAACAUCCCUGUCACUGUUUACGAGCAGGCCAGCGAAAUUCAAGAGAUUGGAGCUGGAAUCGGGCUUACAUUUGGAAAUGAAGAGUGCAUGGGAGUUCUUGAUCCGCGAAUUCCUGCAGCUAUGAACGAAGUCGGUUUCAGAACAACCCGAGGCAUCGGCUUAGUCAAUGCCUCUAACCCGGAAGAAGAUGUUACUCUGCGACCACAGGACAAGUUAUUCGACAUGUACAUCCGAGAACGAGGCCGCAUCCUCUGCCAGCGAUCCCAACUUAUGAGCCAACUGCUCAAGCUUCUACCAAGCGAAUGCAUAAAACUUGGCAAACGGCUGGAUGACAUCAAACGUGAUGAAGACAGCAUAACUUUGACAUUUACGGACGGCACAGAGGUGAAGACUGAUGCUGUAAUUGGUUGCGAUGGCAUCAAAUCCCGUGUUAGAUAUAUUCUUCUUGGGGAGGAAAAUCCCGCCUCUGUCCCACAUUACUGCAACGAGAGCGCAUACCGUUGUCUUGCUGAUAUGACCAAGGUUGCUCCCAUAUUGGGCAAUUAUGCUACCGGUAUGGCUGCCUGGGUAGGACAUGGCGCACAUAUCAUCACCUAUCCAGUUGGCAACAACAAAUUUCUAAAUGUGGCAGCCUUUGUUAGAGAUGCUAGCGGCAGUUGGCCCGACUAUCACAAACAGACAGUCCAAGCAAGUAAAACCGAAAUUAUGGAAGCAUUCUCCAAGUUCAGCCCUACUGUCCGGCAACUAGUUGAUCAGCUUCCGGACGAACAGAGCCGCUGGGGCUUGUUUGAUACGUUGGACUACCCUCUGCAAACUUACGCUUACGGUCCUAUGGCCCUUGCUGGAGACGCCGCUCAUGGAUCCUCGCCUCACCACGGCCUCGGCGCGGGUAUGGGAGUUGAAGAUGCACUAGUUUUAACGACUGUUUUGGAAAAGGUGGCAGCAACACUGUUGGAGGGAGGCCCAAAUGCACUCUCCCAUAAGAGCGCCGCUAUAUCUAGUGCAUUCAAAGCAUAUGACUCGGUCCGCCGAGAACGGUCUCAAUACCUCGUUGCCAGCAGCCGCCGACAAGGCAUCUUAGUGAAAUUAGAGGACCCAGAAAUCGACAGCGCCGAGAAGUUCAUGAAUGACACGGAUGAACGAGUUGAAAAGAUUUAUUCGUUUGACUUGAAAUUGACUGAAAAGCAGAGCAUUGAGGAAUACGCGCGCGAGCUUCAGAAGUCCGGCAAGUUUUAA